CGAAUUCUAUUCAUCAGCUGUUUGUCAAGUCGACGAAUUUUUUGCUUCGUCGUGUUCUUGGCGAAAAUAUAAUUCGGACGCGUAAUUCAGUUGUUAUUUUUGCGGAGUGCACGCCUGAAUAAUAGAAGCAUAUUGUCGAAGAACAUGCGAGCGGGGCGGUGGAACAAAGGCAAACGCAGAUAACAGAUAACAGCGACGCCCAAAAAGUGACAAACGACGACAGCGCAAGAAGAAGCAGAAGCAAACAACAGCAACAAAACCAGCUAAGCCCCACUCCCAGGCUACACACCUACUCACCCAACCAGAAACCCAACAAGCCACACGUGCCUGCGAUCCACUUUGGCCAUGAGCAGCGCACGGGAUCAGGAUCAAGAAGAUCCCCCCCUGCUGCAGCUCGAGGAUGAGGUGGAUCUCAUCGGAGACUUUGCCAAAGAGCAAGCACCGCCGUUAGCUCCGCUCCUCAAUGGUUUCGAUCCGAGCUCCAACCAAAUGACCACAAAAGUGGAGAUAAACACAAUUGGAAUUGGAAAGCGCAAGCAAAAGAAACGCGUUAAAAAGAUUCGCCAGCCCUUGCUGUUGUCGAUGGACGACGAUGACGACGAAGAAGAUGAUGAGGAGGAGGUGUUGGUGGUUAACCAAAGGAAAACUAAUGGUCUGCCACACACUGAAGCCGCUGGUGGGGAUGCUGGGCAUCACACACCGCAGCUGGAUAGAUUGGUACUCCUACAUGGUGACAUUACGAACACAGACGACGACGAAGGCGGCAGCGACGGCGAAGAAGUAGUGCUUUUAAAGAAGGGCGACCAACAGCAGCCACAGGUGGUUAGUCUCAUCGCAAACGUUAAAGCGACAACAUCGACGGCUGCAUCCCCGCUAAAAAACGCAACGCAUAUCCGUCACCCGCACGACGAGGCCGACGAUAUUUGUUUAGUGCCAGAAAUCGACUUUGAGGGCAUGUCCACGGACGCUGGCAGCGAUAACCGAGAGUCGCAACCACUUCUUGGACCUACCAGCCACGGCAGUCGAAUUAGCGAUCUGCUUGGUGGUUUGGGACGCGGCCACGAUCACGUGGCUCCCGUUUCAAACACGUUCGGAGAUGAUCCACUCUUCUCGGAAAUGGUGGCCAAGGCGGAGGGAGCCAUUGAGCAGGGUGUGCUGCCCGAGCGUAUUUACCAGGGUAGCAGUGGUUCCUAUUUCGUCAAGGAUACCUCAAAUCAUUGCUUGGCCGUGUUCAAGCCAAAAGAUGAAGAACCCUACGGCAGACUUAAUCCAAAGUGGACCAAAUGGAUGCACAAACUGUGCUGCCCCUGUUGCUUUGGCCGCGCCUGCCUGAUUCCAAAUCAAGGGUAUCUUUCCGAAGCAGGGGCGAGCUUGGUGGAUCGCAAACUCAAUUUAAACGUGGUGCCAAAGACCCGAGUAGUGCGACUGGUGGCCGAGAGCUUUAACUAUGCCCGCAUCGAUCGCCAAAAAGCCAAGCUGAAGAAGCGCAUCAAAGAACACUAUCCUUCGGCGCACUUCAAUCGAAUGAGCUUACCCUUAAAGACCGGAUCCUUCCAAAUGUUUGUGGAGGGAUACAAAGAUGCGGACUAUUGGCUGAGGCGUUUCGAAAGCGAACCCCUACCAGAGUCAGUGGCUAAAGCUUUCCAAAUACAAUUCGAGCGACUGGUUGUCCUGGACUACAUUAUCCGCAACACUGAUCGGGGCAACGAUAACUGGCUGAUAAAAUAUGUAGCGCCCAAGAUUUCAGCACAGGUGGAAGGCACAGGUGGCAAGUCAAUGCGUGGAGUGGUGAAGCCAAAAAUGCCAGAUCCACCUAUAGUUCCUGUGGAGAAUCAACCAGACCAGAAAUCUCAAGUCGAAAAGAAGAACCGGGGAGUGGGAACCGAAAAAGAUAGCAGUAGCUUAACCAGCAGCGAAGAUGAGCACUCGAAAUUAGAUCCCGCCUGGAAUGUAGUGAACUCGGCCUUCAUUCGGAUAGCUGCCAUUGAUAACGGAUUGGCGUUUCCUUUUAAACACCCGGACUCCUGGCGUGCAUAUCCGUAUCAUUGGGCCUGGCUUCCGCAGGCGAAAAUUCCAUUCAGUGAAGAUAUAAAGAAGCAUGUUUUGCCACAACUAUCUGAUAUGAACUUUGUCGAAGAGAUUUGCACGGACCUGUUAUAUCUCUUUCAGCAGGAUCGAGGCUUCGACAAACGCCUUUUCGAGCGACAGAUGUCUGUAAUGCGAGGUCAGAUCCUGAACCUCACACAGGCACUCAGGGACGGAAAGUCCCCGGUGCAGCUGGUCCAAAUGCCGGCCGUAAUUGUGGAGCGGUCAAGCGGCAAUCGAUUCUUUUCAUUUACGCAGCGCUUCCAGAAUAAGAGUCCCUUUUUCUCCUGGUGGUGA